CUACAAAUACGAAGAAACCAAAGACUCUAAUUGUAAAAUAACACUAUCCUGACCCUUCACUAUAAAUAUCUCCUAAAACAUUAUAAUUGUCCACAAAACCCUAGCAGCACCAGUGCCAGCAGCAGUCGUCGAGCUAACACUAUUGACAAUGACGUUUAAGCGCAGAAAUGGCGGCCGGAACAAGCACGGACGUGGACACGUGAAGUUCAUCCGAUGCUCGAACUGCGGAAAAUGCUGCCCUAAGGACAAAGCUAUUAAGAGAUUUCUUGUGAGAAACAUUGUUGAACAAGCUGCUGUCAGAGAUGUUCAGGAUUCAUGUGUUUAUGACGGAUAUGUUCUUCCAAAGCUCUAUGUGAAGAUGCAGUACUGUGUUUCAUGUGCUAUUCACUCUAGAGUUGUCAGGGUUCGUUCUCGCUCUGAACGUAGGAACCGUGAGCCCCCACAGAGGUUCCUCAGGCGCAGGGAUGACCUGCCAAAACCUGGACAGCCUGGUCAGCCUGGUCAAGGAACUCGUCCUGCCGGGGCUGGUGUUGCUGCUCGAACCUAAGCAUUGAAUUUAACGUGUUUGAUGAUCUGUUUAGGCACUGAAAUUUUCUAAGCAUUGUUUUGAUGUUUUUACUCUUUUCAGUUGGACCUUUUAAGAGAUAUAUAUGUCUAAAGAUUGAGCAAGUUUUUGACUGAUGAGAAUGCUUUUUGAAAUCACAUUAUUUUCACUUGGCAUGGUUA